AUGAAUAUAUUAAUAAUGAUUCUUAAUAUCUUUGAAUUUUCUGAGAUUUCUAUUGAGAUACAUUAACGUUCGCACUUCAUAAUAUUAAUUUUUAACGCCAAUAAGUAUGACAUUAAGGAGCGAUUGCUGAAUCAUGACUUUUACAUAAUGCCAGAAAAAGAAAUUUAUAAGAAAUUAAUCUAUCCUCGACGAAAGGUUAAGCGUUUAAUAGUGAAUGUUUCAAAUAUUCAAUUGCAGUAUUAUCUAACGUUGCCUUGGGCAUAAAUUAUUGUGAAAAAUGGAAAUACGACAAAAAAUAUCCUGUACAAGUGUGCACUGUAUACAACAGUAUCGCAUGAAGGAAACCUGAUAGUGCGUGACCAAUGCCAAGCAUCGGAAUCAGUUUUCCACCAUUAAUUAUCCCUCCUUUUUUCUUACACCGAAUCUACACAAUCGCAUUGGUUACCUUCCAUGAAGCUGAUGAUUCAUAAUAAUGAUGUUUCGUAAUUUUCUGUUAUACAAAUGGAAAAACGGAUCAUAAGUUAUCAGCACUUUUUAUGUCAUAGAGAAUUAACUUCUAGCGACGUUCUACGAAGUAACGGUCGUAAGGCUGCUUCCGGUGGUUCGCGGUUUUUUCCUAACAACGAGGAAGAAAUACAAACUUCGAAAUACGUUUCUUGGGACAAAAGAAAGCGCGGAACGUCAGCCUUGAAAUCACUUUCGACCUGUUUCUCAAAGUGUUGCCUGUUGCAAUUGGUGUGUUCGCGUCUGUACCUGUUAAUUGUUCAUAAUGGAGGUGUUAAUAACAAACAUCUGAACCCUCGAAAUUAUACGAAAUUCAUCGUUACGGAUUGAUUUGAACAGCAGUGCCGAAACGUUAAUCGUUUCACUGUGAUGUCCUUUAAAUGCCAUGAGUUGUUGAAUCGCGAAAAGAAGUAACAUUGCCAAAUUGCAUCAUGAGUGCAUUAUGGAGAGAACGUAAGUUGGAAUCGACAGGACCGGCUAUUAUGGAAAGCCUAGACAGCAUGUGUAUUUAUAAUGGGGAAGUACAUUGUUCUAAUCAUAAUGCAGUUCCCAUAAAUGGGAUCCUAGAAAAUGGACCGCAAACGAAAUGCCAGUGUAAUCGACCAAAGAGUUUCUUAUUGAUUGAUGGACAAGAAAACCUUAUGGUUUCCAAUGCGAAACAGUUUGCAGAAAAGUUACACUGCAACAAAAAAGAUUUGAAAGUAAAGGUGGUAUCUAUAUUUGGGAAUACAGGCGAUGGAAAGAGUCAUACGUUAAAUCAGACAUUCUUCAAAGGAGAAGAAGUAUUUAAAACUUCCAACGAUCAGAAUUCUUGCACGUUAGGUGUUUGGGCUGCGUUUGAUCCAAUUCUUAAUGUGAUCUGUUUAGAUACCGAAGGUUUAUUAGAUUAUUUUUGCUUAGGUGUCUCGACCCAUGAGAAUGAACGAACAAGGUUAUUGCUUAAAGUGCUUGCUGUUUCUGAUAUUGUAAUGUAUAGGACACAAUCGGAAAGACUAAAUAGGGAUUUAUUCACAUUUUUUGGUACUGCGUCCCGAGCGUACAGUAAUCAUUUUCAAACAGCUUUACAAGCGGUAGUACAGAGAGAAGGUGUUCUAAAUUCUUUAAGUACAUUGGGACCAAGCGUUAUAAUACUACACGAAACUAGAUACACCAAACCAUUGACUAACAAUGGUGUAGAGAGUACAGAAGACAUACUCAGAACAAGAUUCGCUGAAAUGAAGCUCGAAACAGAGGCGUUCAGUUCUAUGAAAUACGUUGGUCUACAGGCGGCAAAUUUCACACCCGACUACGAACCCUUGUACACUACCAUAAUGAAAGAAUUAAACAACACAAGCGUCAGAUCUGCCAGACCGCCGCACAUAGUUUACAAUACUUUGAGAAUUCUGAACGACAAAUUUUCCGGGGAGAUCGACAACUACUCGAACUCUUUGUUCCCUGAUCAAUAUUUCACUUGCCCCGUUAAAUGUCUCAGUUGUGGAUGCAGAUGCAGCAACGGUAUGGGUCACCUUCGAGAGGGGAAACCACACCAUAGCGACACUAGGUGCCGAUAUCAGCAUCAAUAUGAAAAUCUAGUAUAUAUAUGUAAAAAAUGUUAUAGUAAUGGAAACGAGGUACGAGUUACAAAACAAAUUCAAUCAGGAAACGAUAAUAGUUGGUACGGACUGGUGAAGUAUGCUUGGGUAGGGAAUGUGAUAGAAUGCCCCCAGUGCGGGGAAAUAUAUAGAAGUCGCCAGUAUUGGUACGGCAACAAAGAUCCAGAAGAGUUUGCUGUCCGUACAGAGAUCACACAUGUAUGGAACAUGGUGAAUCACUCGGUAUCUUCACAGAACACAGCUCAAAGGGUAAUCGAUGGCGUAUCCUAUAUCACCGAAGCUGUAACGAACGUUUCGUUGCAACCGUCAAAGGUGUUGUCCGCGUGGGUUGCUGAUCAGGUAGCACCAUCAUACUGGAGACCUAACAAUGAGAUAAAGCAUUGCUAUAAAUGUAAAACUGUGUUCGGACCAACGGACACGAAACACCAUUGCCGGGCAUGCGGCGAAGGAUUUUGCUCGCAGUGUUCAUCCAAUACAAAGUGUGUUCCGUUUAGGAAUUGGCAUACACCUGUGCGUGUCUGUGAUACCUGUUAUGCCAAGGACCUGAACUCCAACGAUGAGGUCACUGAAUCUUCGGACGACGUGAACGCCAGAAAAGUCUCCGAACAAGUGGUCUCUACUCUGAGCGCGGUUGGAACAGUAUUGAACUAUUCAAAGUCAUUCAUAAAGGAUACAGUUAGACCUCUGUAUUGGAUUCCCGACUCAGAGGUGGUCAGUUGUUGCAUAUGUGAUACAAAAUUUUCGGCUACCGUUCUGUUGCACCACUGCAGAGAUUGUGGACGCGGUGUGUGUCAGGAGUGCUCGCAGCAUCGGAAGCCCGUGCCACACAGAGGAUGGGAGAAGCCGGUCCGAGUUUGCGACUCGUGCAUAAAAAUCGAAUAAGAGAGAUUCUAUAAGAAGAGACAAGAGAGAAAAUCAAUUUCAUAGAAACGUCGGUAACCAAUCUCUGCGCAGAUAUACAAAUGACUUGAAUUAAACGUUUAACGAAGGUGAUACGAAAACUAUUAAUCUUUUGGUUUCUCGAAUUUUGCGUGUAAGAUCUCUUUACGUGUUCGUGCAGGUUUCGUUAAAUGCACAGUGAUCGAAUGUUUCGUCGUCGGACGAUCUGAAAUUGAAUAUUUUAAUACGUUAACCGUAACGAAACCUUUCCUAUAUGACCGUGCCAUGUGAAUAUACUUACACCUUUCCCGUGGGAAACCGUAUUUACGAGGACAAGUCGUCAUCGAGAUUUUAAUACGCCGCACAGUAUAAAAGCCAUUAAUGGUGCAAUAAUGUCGUAGCAGUACGAGUGGAACCAUAAAUUGUUGUAAAGCAGGGGAUUAUUAUUAUUCGACGAGAGACGAGACGAAUUUUAUCAUCGAUGUGUUGCGGUUUACUGGGCUGUGAUCGUCUUUUAGACUUCAGAGAAAAGCAUUUGCCGAUUUCUUUGUUAGAAUCUUCAGUAUCUAUAAUCAGUACUAUAUAAUUUAAGAGAGAAAGAAACUAUUCGCUAUCUUGUAAUGUAAACCUCGACGAUUUGAAAUAGCAAAAUAAAAAUAGACGUUCGAACGA